CUAGAUCAAGAUGUUUCACGAAUGACUUUUCUACAAAUCAUUUGAAUCCUUUUUUUAGUUUAACCUGGAAUUUCAAGAAUACACACGUUUCUUACUCAUAAAAAGGCUAUUAAAAUUUUUGUACUAUUAUUUAGCAGAUAACUAUAGGGACUUUAAUAAUUAUUUUUUUUAAAUUAACGAAAUAGCGUGAUUGGUUCCCUUCAACCACUACGACCUGAACAAUAUAUUAUGCAUCAUCAAGCUGGUUUGAUUAAACAACAAGAGAUGUUAAUUUUAAAUCCACAAACUAGCGAUGUAUUAAGUGAUCAAUAUUCAUCACAUCAUCAAACAAAUACAAUAACAACAGGUGGCACACAUCACUUCGCUAGAAAUAUAGCAUCGAAUAAUUCUGUGGUAGUUCCUACAGGCGGAAAUGUUAGUGGUCCUCCAGUUGGAUCUGGAACAGUAGCAGGUCAACAGAAAGGUUCUACUGUUUAUCCUAAAACUGGUCAAAAUCCUAUUGAUGGAGGAACAAAUGGAGGUGUUGGUGCUAACAGCAGUGGAAAUGCUGGUGGUGGCCCUGGAAAAAGUGGAGCUUUAGUUGGUGGUGGUUUGGAUAGAUCUCGACAAGUAUAUAAUAUGUUUGAAUGUCAAAUGUCACAACUUACAGUAUUUUUGGAUCGUGCACUUAUAUGUAGACGUAUUAGACCACGUUUCAAUGCAUCGGAUAUUACAGAAGUUGUUUUUGAGCAUUUAUCACCAGCUAUUGAUAAAGAUUCUAUUCGUGUGGAAAUUCGUGGAGCUGCAACUAUUCUAGAUGUGAGCUUUUCAGCAAAAUCAUUAUCUGGUGAAGAAGAUACUUGGUCACAAUGUGUUAAUGAGCUAUUGGUUGAAUUACGCCAAUGUCGUCGUCGUGCAGAUAAUCUAGUCAAUAGAAUUAUCCGUACAGAAAAACAACGUUGUGUUCUUGAAACAUUUGCUGAUAGUUUGUCGCGUCGUGAAGAUGAGAUUCUGUUGGGCGGUAAUCAUCACGGUCAUGUGACAUUGAAUAAUUUACCAAAUCAUACAGGUGUUGCAGAUCAAGUAAAUAAUAUCCCGUCACAAGGAGCAACAUUAUCGGGAGGAACAACACCAGCAAAUGCUCAAAUGGCCGCAACGACUGCGGAACAUAAAUGUAUAAAUGAUAUCAUUAAUCCUUAUGAUCCAAGAAAUGUGGAAACGUUGCAUAAAUUUCUUGAAAUUUACAAAGAUGAAGCUGAACGAUUUGAUACAGUUUUAAUGGAUACUACUGAAGAAUUGGAACAAGUUCGUACACAAAUUGAGACAUUAGAAAAAGAAGUUCGUGAUAUAGAAUUAAAGCAAGAUGAACAUUUAGCCAGAGAAUUAAGUGUACUUGUUGAACCAAGAGAAACAGGUCAAGUUGAAAUGCUUGUUUCUUAUGUGGUGAAUCGUUGUGGAUGGAAACCAGCUUAUGAUAUUCGUAUUUUUAACAAUGAUGGAACAAUGAAAAUAGUUUAUUAUGGUAUGGUUCAACAAGCUACUGGUGAAGAUUGGGAAACGCGUUAUAUGACUUUAUCGACUGCACAACCCGGUAUAGGUGGUACAGUUCCACAUUUAGGCGUACAACGAGUACAUUUUCGUAGAGACGUAUCGCCUGAUUCUAGUCGUCAGUUACAAAGUAUAGACAAAUCUAAUUUAAAUGAAAAAACAUCUCGACUACCAUCUGCUGGCACAAUUCCUUCUUAUUCUAAACGUAUUUCUGCCAAUGCAGCUGUAUUUUAUCAAACACCUCCAUUGCAACGUUCCGAUUUUACGCGUGGAUUAAAUGAUACUAUUUCAUAUGAAAUGACUGAUCGUCUUUCUGCAUAUUAUGACAAUUCAACUGAAUAUUGCUCUACACUUGGACGAAGUGAUAGUAUGGCAUCAACUACGUUGCAUUCAUCGCUUGGUCGUCGAAAUAAACUACAUCCAAGAUCGAAAUCACGUGAAACAAUACGUACUAUAACUCAGGUGUGCAGAUCUUGUACACUGUUGCAUUAUAUAAUGUGAUAAUUGUGUUUUUUGAUGAAUGUUUGUUAGUUACUCUUUCAGAGUGAGAAAAUUAUAAACAUGUGUAGCUUAUAUAGAAUUGUAUUAUAUACAUUGGUUGAUGUUAUUUGUCCAAUUGUAGCUCAUUGUUUGGGUCAGAUUGUGUGUUGAUAAACUAUUGUAAAGUUUCGAACAUGAAAUUGAAAUAAUACCAAGCUAUAAAUGGAAAUAAUGAUAAUAUUACUGAUUUGUCAAGUAUAAAACAAUUUUGUGUGCUUCCAUUUGAAUUACACUUUUUAUGUGUAAUAGUUAGCUAAUAUUACUUAGCUGUUUAUAUUGAAUUAGGUAAAGCUAAGUCCAGACCUGCAACUCCACUGCUUAAAGGUUGAAAAUUUCAAUUAUUAUCCUUUCAGUUCACGCAAAUGUUUUCUAAACAAAACAAACCCAUAAGAUGUAAGAUUAUGUAAGAGAAAUGAAAUUUCUUCCAUGACUCCUGAUGACCUAAUCGAAAUGAUGUAACUUAAAAUAAUCAUUGAAAUUCAAUCAUUAAUUUUUCAUUUUCGUUAUGGGAAUUUGUGAAGAUAGUGGUAUUUUCAAAAUUGAAUUCACGAGUUGAUGUAAUCUAGACAACCAUUGGAAACCUGGAAGCACUGGACGGCCGUUUCGUUUUAGUAUGAGACUCCUCGACAGUGCGCAUCUAUGAUCGGCUCAUGAGUUGAAUUGUGAAAAUGCUACAAUCCCCACGAAUCCCCACACUGAUAAUAGUCAUGUACUCAUUAGUGAUUAUCUUCAAGAUAGAUAUCCUGAAGUUCUAGUGCAAAUUCGUGACGAAUGAAGUUCAAUCUGUGUCGGGUGUGAGGCAAUGGAUGAAGGGUUGCGCAAGACCAUGGAUUGACCGAAGUUAGACAUUACCACCGUUGGAUGCCAGCUCAAUGGUCUAGAGGUUAGGCGUGAGACGGAAGGUUGUGGAUUGAAGUUUCACGUGCAGGGUCGUGGAUGUGCACUGCUGAGGAACCCCAAACUAGGAAGCAUUGUCCGUCCAGUGUUUCCAGGUUUUCAAUGGUGCUCUAGCUUAGAUAGACUCGUGAAUUCAAUUUUUCAUUAGUAAAGGAAAGCAUGCCAAACUGAAGUUAACUUAAUCUUUAGUAAUGAUCAAUAAAAUUAAUUUAUUACACAUUAACAUUUAUUUAUAAACUGACUAUGAUUAAUUUAACCUACCACAUACUUUAUUCAUACCGUUAAACAAUGUAUGAUGUAUAUGUCUGAUUAAGUAAGAUUUAAUAUUUUUAUGUUUAAACAUUGAUCUACGAAGUGCCUUUUUUCUACCGCUAAAUCUAUUUAAAUCAUGAACUAUUUGAGAGGCUGACAUUUAUAUUCAAUACAUAAAGGUUCUUUUCAUAAUAAUAUUUUGGUUAUAAAUGCUAAAAUAAGUACAGUUUGCCGUUUGGUAACCAAUUUCAUGCUUUUCAUACGUUAGUGCUAAUCAAAUUUCAGUGUGACCACUAGUCUGGGUGAUUCGAUAUCUUCUGCACUAUAUUUCAAUGAUAGGUGAUUAAAAUUAAUUUACAGAAAACACUGGGCCUAUAUUUCAUACUAGUUGUCACUCGUUAGCAACCCUUGUCUAGUCUUAACAGAACCUGAGUAACUGACACAGGAUAUGAGCAAAUACAGUAAAGGGGUGUAAAUUUAAUUUACUAACAAGGCGUUAUCAUUUAAAUAAUGUUAUCUCAUGAAAAUUAGUGCUUCUGUUCAAAUGAUUGAACACAUGGAGAUAGUAAGGAGAAUUAAGUGAAAUAAUACCGGAAAUAAUUAACUAACGAGAAGAUCGACAGAAUAUGAGAAAUAAUUUUACCAGAUGCGGUCAUUUCCAAAUAUAAUCGUAUCAAAAAUGAAAAUAAUGAUGACAUAGGGUUUAGGUCAAGAUAACAAGCAAAAUGAGACAUAUUUUUUCCGUACGGAGAUCCCAUCGAGAUCUCAUAAUACGGAUGGCGGAAUGUUUGUGUUAUUUGAAGGAAUUCGAAAUAAAGAAGUUUCAAUAAAUAUGAUACAGAAUAAGGGGACAGUUUUCCAUCCAUCUUCAGGUUGGUCAGGCCUUAUCCGAUGAAGCCGAUUGGGUUUUUUUGGAAAUGGCCUCAGUUUUUCAAGGCUCAGAAAUCCACUGCGUGGAUGUAAUUGUGUGGGGAAAUUGUCAUUCCCAGGUCUUGGCUCGUGGGCGUCUACAUGCAUACCAAUAACACAUAAGUUCUCACUCUUGGAUCCCAUAACAUACAUAUACUUAUAUUCACCAACCUAGGAGGGUAGGUGGUCAUCACUCUCUUUUAACGCAUUUGCUACAGCUGACUGUCACUUACUCAUUACAUGUACAUCUCUGGUAUAAUGACUUUGACACUUGCACUUCAUGACAUGUACGUAAGCGUAAGCACUCUUUCAUGAAGGGUUGAUGGUCGCUUCUCCCUAGUAUUCGUAACCAUACUUUUUAUUAUGGUUUUGACCUCAUGUAUUAGGCUGCUGGUUUUAUCAGUAAUAAGGCAGACAUUUUUUAGUUCACAUUCCUCGUGUCAGCCCAGGCACGUACCCUUUGGAUAUGCCAAUAUACAUAAAUCACACAAGCCGGAACUCAUGCAAUUCAUACACAUAAGCAUUAAACAUCGGGCAGCCCGUAGAACUUUUAGUGAGCCCUGAAAAAAAGGGAACCAGUUCAUCCCGUUUACAGCAGAACAAAGAAUUAGCCUGAUCUCCGUCGACCGCCCAAACUAAUUACCAAGGUUGCCCCUAUUGUCCAGCAGCGCCGCGGGGAGAUUUUAGAUAGAAUUUUGCUGCCGAUAUAUAGGUAUUCUAAAUUCAACCAUUUAUCUCGGCAUACUCAUAAAUCCCUGAUGUGUAAUGAACCGUUUAUUUAUUGGGUUGUAUGGUUAUUUCUAAAACUAUGUUUAAUAAAUAUAUUUGGAAUGGUUCAAGCGGUUAGCAACGAUAUUUUUGUUGUUGUCGUUAAUAAAUUCGGUUAUUUUAAAUUUCUUUAAAAAUUAUCUAAAUUUAUUUUGUACUGUAUCUUUCUUAUGCUGUUUAAAUUGUCAUUUCUUCUUUGAUUUUAAAUUGUAAUGUCGACUUUUAAAUUUGAUAUUGGUUCAUUUCUGUGUUUAUUGUAUUCUUAUUACUAAUAGUUAUGCUUUGAAUUAUUAAUUACUUAUUCAAAGUUAUUUCCCGCUCAAUUCAUUCCAUUUGAUAGUCAAUGUGUAAUCGAUUUCUUUAUUGAAUUUAAAGACAAAAGGGGUUCAUUUAAGUGUUUACUCGAUUUUUUUUAUUGAUUAUUGAUCAGAGAUCGUUUAUUGUAUUAGAGAUUGAUUAAUCCACUUACUAUUAUCAUUAUCAUUAUUAUUACCAAGUUAUUGACUUAUAAAUCGUUCACGCAUUUGACUGAAAGAAUAGAAUGAUUUAUUAAUAGAUUACAUCUAGAAUAAGAUAGUUGCGCAAUAUCAUGGAUUAUUUGAACUUAGACAUUAACAUCGUUAAAUGUAGGCUCAGUGGUCUAGAGGUUAAGCGUUCGCGCGAGAAUAAAGGUCUCACGUGUGGGAUCGUGGAUGUACACUGAUGAGGAAUUCCAAAGUAGGACAAAAUGGCCAUCCACUGCUUCCAGGAUUUCAGUGGUAGGCUAAUAUUGAUCAGUUCAUGAUCUCAAUAAAAUAGAAUAGAAUGAACAUAUUAUUUUUUUAAAUUUGAUUUUAUGAAAGGCUAAUUUAUUUCAAAUGAGUAUAGAUUUAAUAUAAACGGUAAAAUUUUUAUUUAAAUCAAAACAAAAUAUAGAGUGGUCGAUGGUAAUUGGUAAGAAACUCUAGACAUAGAUUUUAUUACUUCUUAAUUUCAACAAUUUUAUGACUGCUUCAUUACUAUUGGUUCAUAGUCUAUUUGAUCAACGAAUGUAAAUUGAAUUUAGAAAUGAGAACAGUUAUGUACUAACACAGUAGUCAAAAUGUUAAGUCCUAACCGCCUAACCUGAAGGUUCUGGGUUCAAUUCCUAGUUGCUUUUGUGUAUGUACAUUGCUUGGGUGUUGUUCAGUGCUUCCUAGUUUUCCAUAAUUGUCUAAAUUAGCUCAAUCCUUGAUGUAAACUAUAUAAUUCGAUAGUCUUCACAAACUUCUUUUACAUAAAUGUUUCACAUGUUAUCGCACUCCUAAUAAUUACCGAGUUACUUCUUUUUGUUUAACCAUAUAAUUUAAAUUGUAUGAUAUGGACAUUAAGUAAUUACUAUGUUUAUGUAGUCUUUAAACAAACUGAAAAUUAAGUUAACUGUUUGAAAUGAUUUUGAAUGGGAAUGAAUGGGAAGAAACAAUUGAAUACAAUAGACGAAUUAUUAUAAAGUAGACAGAUAUAUUAUGUUAGUUUACUAUAAUGUUUAUCUCCAAGGAAAUGCUAUAUACACCAGGUCUUAAGUAUUCUUUUCAACGAUUACUUACACUUUAUAUAGUAUCUAAGUGGAAACUCAUUGAAAAUUCGACUAAAAAACUUUAUAUGGUCGUGAUAAUAUCAACCUUAAUUAUGAAAUUCCCAAUCUUUUUAAACAUUUACACGACGUAUGAAUAUUUACCAUUUUAGAUAACAGUAAUAAAAUGAUUUAGUUAAACAUUUGCUUUGAAUAUAAGUGGAAUGAACGAAAUUUUACUGAACAGUUUUUCCGAUAGUAUCCGUAUUAGAAGGACUAUAUCUGUAUCAUUUCUAUUGUAAGUUAAAAUCAGCUUUUAUAUUAAUUCUCAACGAUUAAAACUGCAAAUAAAAGUAACGUUGACAAAAUCUAUAAGAGAAAGGCUAAUAAUCAUUAAGUUUACGUAGUAGAUCAACCGGUUAAUACAAGCUGUUUUUUAGUAAUCAGUUAAUAGGACCGUAGUUUGUAAUUAAAUGCAAUAAAUAUUAUGGUUACUUAAUAUUUAGAAUUUUUGUCUCUUAAUAAACAACUUGACUCACAAACUUAGGCUUGCAUCAUUAUAUUAAGUUAAAGUAAUAUACACUAUCAAUAAUUUUCAUACUUCUCAUUUUGUUUUCAGCGCGAUGGUAUCACACCAUCUGGAACACUGCAACGUGGUGGUAGUAUUGAAAGUACUUAUGCAACUGGAUUACGUUCCUCUAGCACUAGACCUAUCAAUAGACGUACAUUAGGAUCAAGUAUGUUGUUCAACUCCGUCACUUCUCAGAGUCCUUUGUUAUCAAAUCGAAUUUCUACUUUAAUGAAUUCACAACCUGCAACAUUGCCUACAUCACAACAAUCUGCACCGCCUGUUGGAACAGUUGCAACGAUACAACUGGAGGUCCCACGACCCCCGGCAAUAAUUCGGUGUGAUAACGAACCUAAUCGUGUCACUGUCGGGUUGUUAGAUUUACAACCACGUUAUGAAUACGUAACUGUGCCAAAGCGUUCUUUGUAUGCUUAUUUGAAAGCGACAGCCGUGAACAAUACGGAGUUUUCUAUCUUGGCUGGUCCAACUAACAUAUAUGCUGAUAAUACUUUUAUUGGAAAAUCUGAAAUACGUGCUGUCGCUCCAGGCGAAGAGUUUAAUUGUCACUUAGGCGCUGAGAAUGGUAUAAAAAUACUAUAUCGCCCAUUAUUCAAAUAUCGUGAAGGUACCGGUUCGAGUGGAAAAAAUGCUACAAUGACAUUUAAACAAUUAAUUGAAGUACGUAAUACAUUUGAUCGUCGUGUACGUCUAAUGGUUGUUGAUCAAGUUCCAGUCAGUGCAGAGGAUAAAAUUAAAGUUAGCCUUUUAGAGCCAACAAUUAAACAUCCAGAAAAAUAUGAUAAAAAUAGACCAAUCAGAAUGAAUAAAUUCAAUAAUGUUGAAUGGGACUUGGAUCUAGGUCCAGGUGAAAUUCGUGAAUUAACACUGAAAUAUUCAGUGGAGCAUCCAAUCAAUGAAGAUUUAGACGUUUCUGUUUCUGAAAACUAAAAAAUAGCUACAAACUGGAGCAUAUUCAAUUGUUACAAUAUACAUUUGGGUUUUCAUUGUAGAAGGGGAAAGGGAAUCUGGGAUUUUAUCAGACGUAUUCCUUUCUGAUUUUUCUCAUUUUAUUAUUAUUAUUAUUAUUAUAAUCAUUGAUCAUUGGUAAUUAAAAUAUUGAUAAUAAUAAUUACCAUUAUUAUUACCAUUAUUGUUACUAUUAUUAGCAUUAUUAUUGCUUAACAGUUUAUUUCAAUUUCUUUUCGGUGCUUUUUCGCAUUAUUUCUAUUGAAAUAGCUUAUGCUUCAAUAAUUUUGUUGUUGUUGUUAUUUGAUACUAAGGGAUCCAGUUCGAUUGAUACUAUUCAUUUCGAAUACCCACUUCUACAUUAUACUAAAAACAAAAUAAUAAUAAUAACUCAUUUUUAAUACCCGAAUGAUAUCAGCACACAUAUACUAAUUAUUAUACAAAUAAAUUGGAAUGGAACUAGUCUAAAAUUGCACAACAAUAAACACAAUAACCAUGAUAGCAACUAAAUGGUAAAUUAUUGAUUUCUAAAAAAAGAAAUUAUCGUCGGUGUAUUCAUUUAAUAAAUUCUUUCUGUGUUUCAAUAUGGUUAUUAAUUUUUUUGAAUGUUCAAUUUUGUUCUGUUGUUUUACGCAUAGUACUAACAUAUUUAAUUUUAUUUUAUAUUCUUAUAUAUAAAAAUUAAAUCUAAAUUUUACCGCUUGUUAUUUGUAUUGCUUUAAAGGGUGAUUAUUGUUAUUAUUAUUAUUAUUAUUAUUAUUAUUAUUACUGACGUCAUUACUAUCUACUAUUGUCUGCCCUACAAUUGUUGUGGAACUGUUUAUAUACAGUGAAUUAAUUAAUCUACAAUCUCUGAUGUAAUAUUAUGUCAUCACAACUACUUAAAACAAUCUUUCUGUGCCCUAGACCUACCUGUUUACACUGUACGCUGGAGGUAAGUUUAUCACAAAAAACAGUGACACAGACACUUAAAUCCAAGCAAUCUAAUAUCAACAAAUAAUAGAUUACAGCUUUAUAUGCUGACUAUUGAUUUCUUGGGACUACUCUAUUUGUCAUUUAUUUCAUUCAUUGAGUUUGAGUGUAUAAGGGUGUGUGUGUGUCAGUAAAUAAAGACAUUGGAAUAAGGAUUAGAGCUCUGUCAAUGUUCUUAAUGUCAUGGUUUAUGUUAAUUAUCCAUUCGUCAUGAAGUCUUUUUUCAAGGUUACGGACGUAUUUUACUAUUCUGACCAUUAUGAAUAUUACUACUGUUAUUAUUAUUAUUAUUGGUAUUAAAAUAUUUAAUAUUAUUAUUAUGAGCUGCUUUGAAAACAUUUAAUAAACUAAUCAAUUUGCCUGAUAA